AUGCUAAAAUAUCACGGAGCCGUGGCGUUUUUAGACAUCACCGAAAGCGGGGACAAAUCGUUGAUCGGUUCUUCGUCGAACGGACCGCCGGUGUAUCUCGCUUCGGUUUUGUACGCCAGGGGGUCGCCCGACGGCCACCGCAUUGCGUUGACCGGCUCUCAUCGACGACCGUGCGGCGGCGGCGGUGGCAGCGAGCUGAGGAUCGACGGCGAGGAGCGAGGAAAUUUGAGGUCAUCAAAUCCUCAGUCGCAAGGCAGUGAGGGAGGAAGCAGUGAUUCGGUGGUUCGAGAUUCCAAGACGUCCGUCGACGACGACGACGAGUGCCAGACGACCUCUGAACUGAACGCUCUGUCAGCUCUUUUCCUCCGGAAAAGGCGUGUUUUUGACGACGUUUAG